ACAUCAUUUUAAGGACCUCCAGGAUGUACUUACUCUAAGGCUAAUGCUUCUCUAAGUUUUAAGCUAUCAAGACAAAAAAAAAAAAAAAAAUGGAUCUGAGAGCCAAGCACAGGUUUGGCCUGUUGGAACAGCUAAACCGAAUGCGGGAUGCUGAGCAGCUAACAGAUGUUGUUCUGAUCGCUGAAGGUGUUAGCUUCCCAUGUCACCGUGCGGUGCUUUCUGCCUUCAGUCCCUACUUCCGCGUAAUGUUCACCUGUGGCCUGCGUGAGUGUACCAACCGUCAAGUGGUGUUAAGAGACAUGCCAGCCCAAAGCCUGGCCCUUCUGCUAGAAUACAUGUACAGCUCCAAACUUCCACUCACUGCAUCCAAUGUGCAGGGCAUCUCUGUUGCUGCUUUUCUUCUACAGAUGGAUGAUGUGUUCAGCCGUUGUCAGAUCUACAUGACUGACAACAUGGAUGCUUCCAAUUGCCUGGGAAUCUAUUAUUAUGCCCGGGAUCUAGGGGCAGAGGAGUUGGCCGACCAGGCUCAGCGCUAUCUACGGGCGCACUUCACUGAAGUGUGCCUUGGGGAAGAGGUGCUAGAGUUGGAGGCACACCAGUUAGGGGUGUUAUUGGGCUCAGAUGACCUUAAUAUUUCACGGGAAGAGAGCAUUUUGGAUGUGGUGAUGCGCUGGGUGAAGUACAGUCCAGGGGGUGUAGGGUCAACGGAAGAGAACCGGGCCAGGCACCUCCCAGAGCUCUUAAAGAAAGUACGUCUUCCACUGGUAGGUGUGGAUUACUUGAAGGGGACAAUGAAACGGAACACAGCACUUCUAGCUGAUGCUGAAUGUCUUCAGAUAAUGGAAGAGGCAAUUGAAACGGCAAGCUUGGAUUCAGAUGCUCCACCUCGCCGACUGAAGCUGCGCUAUGGUAUGGAGACCACGGACCUCUUGCUCUGCAUCGGUAAUGAUGGUGGAGGGAUACGCUCACGUUAUGGAAGCUACACCGAGCGCAGCUUUUGUUACGCUCCCAACACCGGCCGGACUCUUUUUAUCACCUCCCCACGAUACGGUGAUGCGCUUGGAUAUGUCUAUGCUGGGGUGGUAACUGAGAGGAAUGAAAUUGUUGUGGCAGGAGAGCUGGGAGCCAGAAGGAUGGCGAGACAGAAAGACAGAAACGUCGAGAUUUUCAUGUACAACAAGGAAGCCCAAGGAUCCUGGAAACACUUGAGCUCGGCAGAGUAUCGUGACUCUUAUGCAUUGAGCUCUUUGGGAGACAACCUGUAUCUGAUUGGGGGUCAGAUGAAGCUCAAGAACCAGUUCCUUAUCACCAACAGUGUUGAGCGCUGGUCUCUACAGGGUGGGCCAUGGCGAAGUGCUGCCCCUCUGCCCAUGCCCCUCGCCUAUCACAGUGUAGUUCGGAUGAAGGGCCGCCUGUAUGUGCUUGGGGGACGAACUCCACAGUCAUACCGCGCAGAUGACGAGCCUGACCGUAUGAGUAAUCGCCUGCUUGAAUAUGACCCAGAGACCAACAAGUGGAGUGAACUUGGCCCUAUGAAGUAUUCAAAAUACCGUUGCAGUGCAGUCGCACUCAAUGGGGAAAUCUAUGUAUUAGGUGGUAUUGGGUGUGAAGGUGUGGAUCGCGGCCAGUCACGUCACUGUCUUAAUGUAGUAGAGAUCUACAACCCCGAUGGUGAUUUCUGGAGGGAUGGUCCUCCUUUACCAUGGUCUCUCCUAUCACUUCGCAGCAAUGCAUCAAAUGCUGGUGUUGUUGAUGGAAAACUUUAUGUCUGUGGAUACUACAAAGGAGCAGAUCGUCAUGAUAUCAUCACUAAAGACAUCCUGCAGUUGGAUCCCUGGGAAAAUGUAUGGACAGUGGUGGCAAAGCAGGCUCUGAUGCACGACAGUUACGAUGUAUGUUUGGUGGCAAAUCUGAACCCUCGUGGACUCAUGCCCCCUCCUGCUGACGUGGUAGAGGAAUGACAACAAUCUCUCCAAAAAAUGAUUUCUCAUGAAAAAUUAUGCAAUUUACAUUAUUCACAUGACAGAAGAGGAAUUGCCAGAAAUAUGUAGAUAUAGGGAGUAGAGCUUCCAUAAAUGAUAUGCAUUCUUACUUCAAACUAUUUUGAUUUAUAAUUCUGCAAGUGCUUUAGUGAUUUUUUUUUUUGUUGUUGACAUUUUUGGAUUUCAGAUAUUACCAAUAGUUGACGUAUUAAGAUGAGGUAUGUAUUAAGUAAGUAUUAUGUAUUAAGAUAUGUGUCAAAGGAAAUGAGAAACUCACAUAAUUUAGAGCUCAAAUAAAGUAACACUCCGAGAAAAUAUGA